GAAAAAUCUUUUUCCAAAUUUUUUAAGUAUUCAGAAUACUUUAAUUAGAUGAGAAACAUACUUAAAACAUAACAUUUUGAAAUCACCAAUUUCAAACAUUUUCAUGAACAUUUUUCAACUUUUGACCAAUUUAGUCAUAGUCAUUAUAAUGCGUUGUUUAAAUGUCAGGUCACAACAACGGUCAACAAUGAUUUUGUUCACAGCAAAUGAGAUCAUUUGUUUAUUAACGGGUUUGUUUUUCUCUUUAGGUGGAUUUUGCUUUCACUGUCUGGCAAAGUUUUCCUGAGAGGAUAGUUGGUUACCCCGCCCGCAGCCACUUCUGGGACAGCAACAAGGAGCGCUGGGGCUACACCUCCAAAUGGACCAACGACUAUUCCAUGGUGUUGACUGGAGCUGCCAUCUACCACAGGUACUACCAUCACCUCUACACCCACUUCCUGCCCAGCAGUCUGAAGAACAUGGUGGACCAGCUGGCCAACUGUGAGGACAUCCUCAUGAACUUCCUGGUCUCCGCUGUCACCAAGCUGCCGCCCAUCAAGGUCACGCAGAAGAAACAGUACAAGGAGACGAUGAUGGGUCAGUCUUCUCGGGCCUCUCGGUGGGCCGACCCGGACCACUUCGCCCAGCGACAGACCUGCAUGAACAAGUUCGCCAGCUGGUUUGGCGCCAUGCCGCUGGUCCACUCCCAGAUGAGACUGGACCCGGUCCUGUUCAAGGACCAGGUUUCCAUCCUACGCAAGAAAUACAGGGACAUCGAGAGGCUCUGACAGGACCGGCGCCCCCUGGGAGGAGACCCUUCACAGGGGGAGGUGCGAGAGACUGAGACGGGGAGCGACGCAGCUCCGUCUUCCACUCAGCACGUCGCCAACGACCACAGCGCCACCGCCGCUGGGACUCCGCCUACAAGUGGAUGAAACGGAAAAGAAGCAGCCGGUAAAUGGACUGGACGACAAAGUGACAAGUGGACAGACAAACGUUGUGGACGAGCCAAACAAACAGUGCUGUGAACACACAGCGCCCACUACUGACGACGGCGAGGAGAAACUCUUGAAUAGAAUAUUUUUUUGUACAACAGGGGGCGACACUGACUUUCCCUGCUCGUUCAGCACAUGUACAGGAAGGUAGAAGAGGGAAAGGAGUUCAGGGCCUACGCCAACCCACGGGGCGUGGCCCAAACAAAAAGCAGUGACUCAGCAUCCUGGACUCACGACCAAACCUUUGCUUCUACUUUUCUUUUCUCUCUAAGUUGUUUUUACCCCUAAAUAAAAGUCAUUUCCAGAUUUUGAUUCUGCUGCUGCUGUCAUGCCCCCCCCUCAACCCCCCCGAGAUAUGUUUGGGCUUCAAUUAGGAGCACCUGUUUCAUCUGGAGUCGUUUUCUUCCCUGAGGACGAACUCCUGAUGAAACUGUCGGUGGUCAAACCUCUGACCCUGAACUUUGACCCAGCGGCUAAAACUAAAGUGUUUGCUGCAAAAUAAAUGUUUUUUCCAAACAAUAUUUAACUUCCCACAGGCACAGACAAACUUGGGAACUAAGUCAGUUAGCCAAGUAUGUUAGUUUACUGUUAGCAGGCAAGGGGUGGAUAAACUGUUCCACAAGGGGGCGCUGUGGCUGCAGGGUUUUGUUUCAACCUGUGACGAGGUCACUGAUUGACCAAUCAACUGUCUGAAGACUCAGAUCAGUGGGUCAAUCAGUGAGUUCUUCACAGCUUGGAGCAAAAACUUGCAGCAACAGCGCCCUCUUGUGGAACAGUUUGCCCAGCCCUUGUAAACUAACAUGCUAGGCUAACUGCUUUAGUCGCCAUAAGCUUGUCUGUGCCGGGGGAACUCAAAUAUUGUUUGAAAAAUAAAGUGACAGCCAUGGUUAAGUGUUAGCGCUGUCAUCUCAAAGCUAGCUUUAGCCGCUGGGUCAAAGUCCAGGGUCAGUGGUUUGGUCACUGACGGUUUCAUCAGAAGUUCGUCCUCAGGGAAGAAAACGACUCCUGUUGAAACACGCCCUCUCUAAUUGAAGCCCGAACCUACCGCUGCCAAUUAGCCAAUCAGGGGAGCGCCUGCUUGGCUGGAACAAAAACCUGCAGCCACAGCGCCCCCUUGUGGAACAGAAACUAUUGUUGAAAUUUGAGGGCCGACAACGCUACGAAUCAAAUUUGGAAAAAACCUACUAAUUAAAGACUAAAGUAGUACGUAGGAGUUCAACAGACCUGGUGCCGACAGUUCAUGCCUCCGUGCCUGGGCGACAGCGAUGUAUUUCGUCCACUCACUCUCCCAGACGUCGGAUCUGAAAAGUGAACAACGACAGAAUUAGUACUUUCAACUGUCAGAAGGAAUUUCUGUGCCAAAUUUGAUCAAAUGUAUAUUUUUUUUUUUCUGUUCUUUGAACCAAAAAUAAAAAGCGACAGCUCCGUCAGCUAACACGCCAA